AGCGUUCCGAUUUCUGCGUCCCGCGCUGCGGCCAUUUUGUUCUACGCCGCGUUCCUUAGUUUUUAGCACAUCCUUUACCUUUGUUACGUUUGCGAGUUUGUAUUUAGCCAGAAAAUACAGCCGCAUGUGAGCAGUCAUAAGGACUCCGCUUUAUUAGCGCACACCCACAGGGCUACCCGUACUCGAGACCUUCCUCUCCUUUCCUUCUGCACGCGCGGUGGCCACAGGCUAUCCCCGCUCCCCACAAAUGGGUCUUUAGUUUCCGUUAACCAUUCAUGCACUUUGCAAGUAUGUAUACUUUAUGUGUGUAAAAGGAUUUGAAAUUUUACGAAGCCAUUUCGGAGAAUGGUGGAACCUGUGAUUUUAUAGAGUUUUCGUUUUGUUGACUCGACCCGACUCGGGCAGCAUUUCAGUAUUCUCUACAGUAUUGUAAACUAUAAUAUAUGUAACAUGAGCUAUAGAUUGCAUUAUUGCAAAGAUUAUCGGAACGCUGUCCGAGUUUGGUCGAGCCACCAAACCGGAAACGCCAUUAGUAGUCACCGGUCACUCCAAUGUUUUCUUCGUUCAGUGAACACAACGUUUGUACAACCGACGAAAUUAAAAUUAUACAGUUACUAAAAGUUUAUUAGAUAACUGAAAGUUAUAUAGGAUGUCCAUGCUUGCGGAAUCUCGGCGAAAGAAGAAAUGGUCUGUCGACCCGCAAGGGAAGCGAUGGAGCAAAGACAAUGACAAAAUUGGCCAGAAAAUGUUGGAGAAAAUGGGCUGGACCAGUGGAAAGGGAUUAGGUGUUAACGAGCAAGGUAUUACAGAACAUAUAAGGGUAAACAAGAGGACUUUUCAGGGUGAAAAAAUUGGUAUAGGAUAUGACAAAGAUUUAUAUAUGAAGGAUAUAUGCGAACAUCAGAACAAAUUUGACAAAUUAUUGCAACAACUUGCAAAGCAUCAUCAAGAAGAGGAUGAAACUGUUGAGGAAUCGGCAAGUAACAAAGAAGACCUAAAUAGGAAAUCAUUGGAACUAAUGUCUAAACAGAGUCGUGCUCGAUUGCACUAUCAAAAGUUUAUACGUGGCAAAGAUACAAGUAAAUAUAGCCCAAGAGAUCUGGUAAGCAUUUUUGGUAAAAAAGAAUUAACCAGUAAAAUUGGAGUCAAUGUGGAAGAAGAUGCCAAUAUUUAUGAAAAUGAAGCUAUCGGCACCAAAGAUAAUUGGGGCGGUGUUGUCACUAUAAACAGUGGCAACAUGGCAGAUUACUUUAAACAAAAACUACCGAAUCAUAAGGAAAAUUUAUUAAAUAACACUAUCAAUAAUCAAGCAGCUGAUUCUGAAAGUGAGACCGAGCAGUGUGUCGGUUUUGGAUUUAUACCAAAAACUGACAAUACAUUGUCCACCAAUGGGAUACCAAAGAAUUUUGAUGAAAAGAGCAAUUAUGCUUUUGAUAAUCCUUGUUUGAGAUUGAAUAGUCCUACGGGAACUACGCUUAAUGCCGAGGAUUCUUCCAAAAAAUCGAGAAAAAAAAGGAAAAAGGGAUUUGUUCCGGAAAGUGCUAACUUAUAUAUCGACGAAACGAACGAAGUUAAUGUCGAAAGGAAAUUAAAAAUCAGAAUUACUGAUGGAGAUUGUAAAGAUGGAUUCACGAAUCUAGCUCUCAAUUUAGACACAAAGUCUGAUGAAGAUUGCAAUGGUAAGGAAUUUGAAGUAUCAAGGGCACAGUUUGGUUUAGAAAACUGUGCCCUGGAUUUGACGGAUGAAAAAAACAAUAAGAAACGUGUAACAUUUAACGAUCAUGUAGAGUACAGCAUAGAUGCCACAAAGAAAGGGAAAUCUACGCUAGAUAAGUUUGAAGUUGAAAAUAAAAAGCACAAGAAGAAACGGAAACGGGAGAAUGUUACCACUUUGUCGAACGGAUUUGUGAAUGAGGCAUUAGAUGUAGAAGUAUCCGCAGAAAUUAAUGAUAAUGAAUUGAAUGAACAUAAAAAUACAAAGAUUAAAAAGAGAAAGAUAUGUAAGACGUCCAGUCUAGAGACAAUACAAGAAUUACCUGAACGAGAAAAGGAAAUAUCUGAAAUAAACUUGGAAGAUGUUACUUUGGAUACUAGUGUUGUUGAAAAUAAGGAAAUAGAUACUGCGGUGAAGAAAAAGAAGAAAAAAAAAAGUAAAGAAAUCUUAUUUAUGGAUAAUAAUAUCAUUGGUGUCGUGAACGAAGAAGCAGAUAUAAUUGAAAAGGUAAUUAAAAACAAAAAACAUAAGCUAGAUAGCAAAAAAAGAGAGGUAGUAAGUUAUGAAAUACAUAGUAAUAAGGAAGACAAAGAAGAAUGCGAAGUCACAUCAAAUGAGAUAUUAGAGAAAUUAAACACAGAUCAACAACAAAUUAAUAACCAUAUGGUCAAGAUUAAGAAGAGAAAAAAUAGGAAAGAACAAGUACUUGUAGAAGAUUCAGCAAAAAUUAAAACUUCACCGGUUGUUAUGACUAUAACAGAAGAUAGUGUGCCAUUAGAGACAGAAAAUACUGUACGGAAGAAAAAGAAGAAACGCAAUAAAGACAAUUGUUUAGAAAGUGAGAUUAAGACGUGCGAUGUGGAAAAGGAAAUUUCUGAUAAGGAAAAUACGGUCGAGGAGCGAGAAUCGACUAUCAAGUUAUCAAAGAAAGAUAAGAAACGUAAACGAUCAAUAAAUGAAUUAGAUAAUGAAAAUUCCACCUAUCCUAGCACAGAAAUGACUGAUGCUAAUGUUAUUAAUAAUCAGGAAAAUAUCGACGAUGCUGAAUUUAUCGAUACAUCUUCGAGAAGGAGAAAGAGACAAGUGAUUGAUUUUACAAAUAGUAUAAUUCACAGUCCGUGGAAUAAGAAAGGAAGAAUGACUAAGAAGAUAUUGAAGAGAUUUUUCUACGGGAAUUUAAUAGCAGAUUUUCCUGGUUCUAAUAUUCAAGAAAUUGAAGGAUACGGUGUAGAUGCUAGUAGUAAUUAAAUUUGUUUCAUUUUUAUAAUAAUCAUGCAACGUAGGUAGUAAUUUACUUCCUGAUAUAGAUCUUGUAUGUAACAGUGUUCAUCAUAUAAAUGUGUGUGUACAUAUUUCAUCUCAUAAAAAAAGCAUAAGAUAUUGCAUUUUAAUAUAUAUAUUUAUGGAACAAAUUUUGUGCUGUUUUAACAUAACUGUUAUUUUAUAGUUAGAUUUUUACUCGUGUAAAAAUGACGAAUGAAUGCUGUUGCAUUCUAUAUACAUAUAUAAUAUACAUAGUGAAAAAAUAACUUAUUAAUGACUAGAUGAAGACGAAUAGUUUACAUUUAGAGAAAAUAUUUGAAGUGAAGACCAUUGCUAACAAUGUUGUGGUUUUGUAAAUAAAUUUUAGUGUAGAUACAUUUUUUCUUAUCUCAUGUUUCAAAGAUAUUUAAGAUGAUAAUAAUUGCCUCACCAUAUAUAUGGGUUUAUAUUAAAAAUAAAACUAUUUUAAAAUGUAACAUAUUUAAGAUGUAAUACAUAUACCAAGAGUAUAUUUAACGUGAUUAAUUAUAUGGUACAUUCCUUGAAAUGGUUUUUAUUUCAUAGCUAUAUCCUUUUUAUUAAUAAUAUGAUUUAAAAAAUUAUUUUUCAUAAAUAUUAAAAUUUUUAUGU